AUGCCGAGUCGAGGCGGCCGCGGCGGUCACACAAUCGCAGGCGCUGCACUGCGUGGCGCAGGUCUCGUUGUCGAUGGCGACGUCGGCAUGCGCGACGCCGCUGGUCCGAGCCGCAGCCGCAAUGGCAGGAGAGGCAACAAGAGCGGCGGAGCCGAUCCGUCCAAUCAUAAUGGGCCUGGAAACUCCUUGCAAGGCCGCAUAGCACGCCAGCGAGCCAAUCCACUCGGAAAUCGUCCAGCAGGGAGAGGCAAGAAGGCUGCCAUCAACGUCAACGACGGCCUCCGAGCUGGCAAUACAGCCUCCGUCCUCAAAAGCAUCUCAUCAUCCAAAGCACAGGGUGGCGGCCGCAUACCCGGAGGCGGUGGCAUCAUCUUCUCCGGAAACGAUAUGCCAAAGACACAAAACGUCGUCUCUCUCAUCAAGCGCUUCCUCGAAUCGCGCUGGAAUGCGCAGGCCAAGUUCCUGAACCUCGAGAACAUGCGUGCAGACCCACUUCUCCAGUCCGAAGGUGUCAAGGCACCCGGCGUUCCCGGGGCUCCCAAGGAGCUCGCCAACGCCAUGUGGAAGAUCUGCUCCGAGACGUAUCCCGAUGUCGUCACCGUCUCGCUCGCCAACAAUGCUCUGCGCAGCCUCGGCCCCGUCAGCUCGCUUCCCGUCUACUUGCCCAACCUUCAGAACCUAUCUCUGGAAGGCAACGAGCUCAAGUGGACCAAGGAUCUUGACACCUUCGCAUCGCGCAGGAGCAAAUUGGCCAACCUCAAGGAGCUCUUGCUCACCGGCAAUCCUGUCUAUACCAGUGCCGUCGCAGCUGGCAACGAGGAGGGGUACCGCCGUGAGGUGUUGUCCAAGUUCCGUCAGCUCACCAUGCUCGACCAGAAACCUGUGACGCCGACCGAAUCGGGCUUCGCCAACCUGCCAUCGUCUAGCAGAUCCAAGAAGGUGGAUGCGGAUGCAGCUCAGGUCCCUCUGCGCAACUUCCCCGUACCCAACAAGCCGGGCUUUGUCGACGCCGAAGCCGGCGCCAUCAUGCCCAACUUCCUCUCAAAGUACUUCACCCUCUACGACACCGACCGCUCCCAGCUCGGCGAGGUUUAUGCGCCGCAGGCUCAGUUCUCGUACUGCCUCAACGUGGUUCCGCCUCCAAGGGCUCGUGCGGCAGGCUUCCUGCACACCAUGCCUCACCAGAAGGAGCUCACUUUUGAUCGCUACCAGGACCUCGGCAAUCGCAAUCUCAUGCGCGUCCACGCUCCAAAGAUGCGCAACCAGUCGCUGCACCACGGACCAGGCUCGAUCCUGGCCUGCCUCAAGAAGCUGCCAAAGACGUCGCAUCCGCUCACCGACGCAUCCAAGUUUGUCGUCGACGCUUGGGUGUUGCCCAACAACGUGAUCGGUGCACGGCUCAAGGGCGACGAGCGACCUGAGGCGCUCCUCUACAUCAAUGUGCACGGAGAGUACGCCGAAGCACCCAGCCAGGGCAUCCGCUCCUUCGACCGCACCUUUGCCGUUGCGCCCGUACCGCCAAGCAGCCCCGCGGCCGCUGCCGGCUGGCCGUGCGUCAUUCUGUCGGACCAGCUGGUGGUGCGCCACUACUCGAGCCCCGCCGCCUGGGCGCCUGACAGUCUGACCACCGGCGAUGUCACCGCCGAGCAGACGCAAGCCUUGCAGGCGGCGCAGCAGCCCACGGCAAAUCCCGUCAUUCCGCAGCCGGGCGCGCCAGUUGCGGGAGGUGCAGCGCUGCCGCCGUACCUGCAGAAUCAGGCCCCCGCAGCGGGGAUCAACGAGCAGCAACAUGCCAUGUCGCUCCAGCUCGCCGCACAGACGGGUCUCAUCUACCCUUUUGCCGUGCAGUGUCUGCAGGAGAACGGCUGGGACUACAAUCUGGCGCACACCAACUUCCAGAACCUCAAAGCCAGCAAUGCGAUUCCCGCACAGGCAUUUGCGCAGCCAGUAUAG